AUUCAAAAAAUGGAAUAUCGAAAGUAUUAUUUGAGCUUCUUAUUGGCUUUAUGUAUUUCAUGUCUUCACUCUCUUUCGUUUGCUUACAAAGCUGUGAAUUUAGGAAACUGGCUUGUUGCUGAAGGAUGGAUGGAACCAUCUCGCUUUGACGGAAUUGUCAACAAAGAUCUCUUGGAUGGAACUCAAGUACAAUUCAUGUCAAGAAAGUUCCAGACAUAUCUUUGCGCUGAAAAUGGGGGAGGAACUACCAUUGUAGCCGACCGUAGUUCACCUUCUGGUUGGGAAACAUUUAGGCUUUGGAGGGUCAGUGAUUCAUCCUUCAAUUUUAGGGUGUUCAACAAAAAAUUUGUGGGGUUAAAUACUAUUGGAGGCAGCACAAUUGUAUCUUUUUCAGGUUCACCUAGCAACCUAGAAACAUUUCAGAUUAUAAGGAAUAAUGAUGAUCCCCUCAAAAUUCGAAUCAAAGCAUCAAAUGGUCUAUUUUUGCAGGUUCAAUCGAAGACAUCAGUGAUUGCAGAUUAUCAAGGCACAAAUUGGGAUGACAAUGAUCCAUCAGUUUUUCAUAUGACAAUUGUAAACACAUUACAAGGAGAGUACCAACUUACUAAUGGUUAUGGAAAUAGAGCUCCUCAAGUUAUGCGAGAGCAUUGGAAUUUAUACAUAACUGAAGAUGAUUUCAGAUUUAUGUCACAAAAUGGAUUAGAUGCAGUGAGAAUACCUGUUGGAUGGUGGAUAGCUCAAGAUCCAAAUCCACCUAAGCCUUUUGUUGGGGGAGCUUUGGCAGCACUUGACAAUGCUUUCACAUGGGCAUAUAGGCAUGGGAUGAAAGUGAUUGUGGACUUGCAUGCCAUUGAAGGUUCUCAAAAUGGUUUUGAGCAUAGUGGGACAAGAGAUGGAUAUACAGAAUGGGAUGAUUCAUACAUUCCACAGACAGUCUCUGUCAUAGAGUUCUUAGCAAAAAGAUAUAAUAAUAGAAAAAGUUUAGGAGGAAUAGAGCUGAUGAAUGAGCCACUUGGUGUCAAUCAAGAUAGCCUCAAGAACUAUUACAAGUUAGCUUAUGAUGUUGUGAGGAAAUACAUCCCAAAUACUUAUGUGAUCAUGUCAAACCCAUUGGCCACAGAUUCCAAACUUCUUCUCUCAUUUGUCAAAGGCUUUGAUAAAGUAGUCCUUGAUGUGCAUUACUACAAUAUGUUUUGGGACAAAUUCAAUGGCAUGAAUGUUCAACAAAAUAUUGACUUCAUAAGAAAUGACAGAGCCGGGGAUCUUAGUGGUUUCUCUUCUUCAAAUGCUCUUAGUUUUGUAGGGGAAUGGACGGCUGAAUGGAGCAUACAAGGUGCGUCUAUGCAAGACUACCAAAGAUAUGUCCAAACACAAAUGGAUGUAUAUUCUCGUGCAACAUUUGGAUGGGCUUUUUGGUCCUAUAAAUGUCAGAAUAACAAAUGGAGUCUCAAGUGGUUGAUCGAAAAUGGUUACAUAAAGCUCUAGAUGUAAGGGGUUCUUGUUUCCCAGCCAUUGGAGUCUCAAAUACACUUUUAAACAAUUUGUGUCGAGAGAUGCACACUUUCAAAGAUAUGAGAUUUUGAGUAGCAAAGGCAGGGAAAAGAAGUGCAUAUAUAUAUAGUUAUCAAUCUCCAUCACUAAAAUAAUGCCGUUGAAGUUUCAAGUGCACUCAUGUUUGUAAAAAAUAAAAUAAGUGCACUCAUGUUGGUUAUGUAAGUCAAACUAAACAAAAAUAAAUAAAAGGAGCUUUCUUUUAGAAA